GCCUGGAAGGUGCAGCCGUGGGAUCCAUUCUCCAUAUCCUCCUCAUAAGAUAGAUCUACCAUAGUUACAUAGAUAGAUUUGAGCUAUUAUAGAGGGCUCUUGUUGUUGAACUACCAGACAACUAGACUCCCCUCAGUCAAAUACAUACAUCCAUCAAAGCAAGCAAGCAGUUUCUUCAAUCCUUUCCCAAAAACACAGAAUCCAAUCUAAACACGACGAAUCGAAUCUUCAUCUCGUUUUGUUCCUAUCGGUACAAAGAUGCCACACACUAGAGAAACCCGGCUGUUGGCCAUUUCGUGUCUGCUCAUCACCCAGAAUAUCAGUUUGGUGGCGGGAUUUCAAGCUCUCAGCUACCAUCACACAACAGCAACCAGAAAAAGAUCCAAUGCAUGGUUAAUGUUGUUGCAGGAGAGACCAACCAGCAUCUCCGAUGACGAAGCCACCGAGAAUGACAACAAACCUCUCUUUGUGAGUGACGAAACAAAACCCAAUGGUGACGCUACAGUAGAUCCCGUCGUCAAUGGCAGCGACAGUACUAGUAGUACCGACAGUGGUACUAGUAGUCCUGUCCAAGAACAACAACAAAAAGUAGAAGAAGAAUCUCUUGAAGAAACAAAGAAGAAACAACCGCCACCGAAACGAGGAUUGGGGUUAAUGUGGUGUGCCGAGUCGUUCUGUAAAGAUGCCGUACGAGAACGAGUGCGGGGAGAACACAAUCAAAUCAUUCUCGAUGGUCCCGCGACAGGACAAGUUGCCUAUUAUUGGAAACCACACGCGUCUUCGGCACAAGUCAAUGACAAUGACAACUCUUCGCCUUCCGAUCAAAGUAACAACAAUAUUCUCUCGGAACCAUCCAUAUUGUUACUGGUCAAACCCAACGACGACGGACUCAUUCAAGUGGCAUCCGAUGCCGUGCGACAACUCACCAAUGACUCCAACAACAAUAAGAUUCACGUUUCACUCGAUUCCAGUUUGGCGGGAAAACUCAAAUUCCGUUAUGGCGUCGACAAUUCUCGCAUUCACUUGUUUGAACCGGACGCCACGGAAGGAUUCGGUGGCAGUCAUGUCGACUAUGACGACACCAUCAUGAAAGAUUUUUCUGGUAUUACCCCGGAAGAAUCGCAACCCCCGUACGAUUUGAUUUGUACAUUGGGCGGCGAUGGACUCCUGAUGCAUGCCAGCAUGUUGUUUCAAGGCCCCGUCCCACCCGUCAUUUCCAUUGCCGGUGGGAGUUUGGGAUUUUUGACUCAAUUUUCACGCGAUGAAAUGGUCGAUGCCAUUCGGAUUGCACUGGGGCUGAGUAGUAAGGCGCUGGACGAUAGUAGUAGUUACUACAACAAGGAUCCCAACAAUGGUGGCGCCGAGUAUUAUUAUGGAGACGAUACGGCCUACGACAAUGUCUUUCCACCCAACAUGCCGUCGUAUCCGUAUGAACCGCUACUGCCUCCGAAACCACAACAACAAUUGCAAGGCAUGAAAGAACGACCGCGAUUUGCAUUUGGAUUGGGCGAUCGGAUUUGUCUUUCGAUUCGGAUGCGAUUGGAUUGUCGCAUCUUUAAUCCAGAAGGAGUCGUGCGGGCACGAUUCAAUGUAUUGAACGAAGUCGUCAUUGAUCGAGGAUCCAGUCCGUACUUGGCCGCAUUGGAAUGCUUUUGUGACGAUGUGCACUUGACGACCGUACAGGCGGAUGGUGUUAUUUUUGCGACACCCACUGGUUCCACGGCUUACAGCAUGGCCGCCGGUGGAUCCGUCGUGCACCCGGCGGUCCCCUGUAUCAUGGUGACACCCAUUUGUCCCCAUGUUUUGAGCUUUCGAUCCAUGAUUUUCCCCGAUCACGUCGUGUUGCGAUGCUACGUGCCCCAGGAUGCACGAGCCGAUGCUGCCGUGGCAUUUGAUGGACGAUAUCGACGAGAAUUGCAUCGAGGCGAUAGUUUGCAGAUACAAAUGAGCAAAUAUCCCGUGCCGACACUGAACCGUGCGGAUCAUUCCUCGGAUUGGUUGGGAAGUCUAAAACGAUCUUUCAAUUUCAAUAGUCGACCGCGGCAAAAACCAUUUGAAAUGAAUGAAUGA